GAAGUUAGAGAAGCUUCGUUCGUGGCUGUCAUGGCUGAUGACACGACAGAUGUUUCGGAACACACUCAGUCGGUCAUUGUUCUAAGGUAUGUGCAUAAUGAAGAAAUAUUUGAGCGUUUUUGGGGAUUCUUUAUUUCAGAAAAUCAAACUGAAGACGCAAUAUCAAAAAGUAUUCUAGAACAAUUGGACAUAAUCCUUCAAGGGAAU